AAUUCUUGCAACGGUCAACAUGGAGAUGGCGUGUCCGCCGUCAAUCCUCUUGGGAAAUAUCAUGGAGAACUACAUGAGCCCCCGCAACCACCACCAAGCGGCCAGCGAAGUGGGUGAAUGUGUGGAGCUAGCGUCAGAAGACAAUGGAAUGCACACGCCGUGGGAUCAACUCAGUCCGGCUUCGUCUGUGUCAGUGUCGCCAGUAUCCAGCACUGCGUCCACGAUGUCCUUUGCAUUGGAUCACAUGGACGAAGACGAACUCGAACUUGAUGAAGCUAGUACCAUGGUUGUCGUGUCAACGAAGUCUGUCGAGGACUCAUGUGGCAUUGUUGCUUGGAGCGUUUCGUCAUCCGUGGACAAGCAAGGACGAGCGGAGAAAGCGCCGGCUACACUGUCGAUUCUGGCUAGCGAGCUGGUGCAAGAGGGCAGCAAUGCCACUACGAGCCCCCACAGCCAGGUCCCCGCAACAGAUGCGCCGAGUGCUGCCACCUCGAGUUCCCAAAACCCUGAAACCGCAUUGCCUGAACUGAAUGAGUUGCUGCCAAAACUGCGUGUCACGGAGCUUAUUGUUGAUGGUGCAAAGUCGCCGAAGGUGGUGCCUGUCACCACCCACACGAACCCCUUCGAGUGUUCCCCCGACUCCAUCGCUAUUCAUAUCGGUAAUUUAACGGCUAUCAAGGGCUUUGCCCUCAGUCCCACCUGCGCCGUGCACGAGCACGAGGAAGGUCUCCACGACCAAGUUGCCGCCACCGCCCCUCCUUCGACAGCGUCACCAGCCGCAUCCCAACUGCUGUGGCAAUGCGAGGAACCUCCGCGGCUGCUGCUAACGUAUCCAGCUGCAGCCACGUCCACCACAUCAUCCCCUCCAUCUACUGAGCGUACCGGAGACGUCGACGCGCUUCGUCCUCCAUGUGCUGCCUUGUCUAGUUCACCAACUCAGCCCGAGGACGCCCCUCUCUGUGGCAGCCUCCUCAUGUCGACCAAGGAAACCAUCCCCACACACGAAGCAGUUACUCGUUCCCUCCUCACGACCAAUCAUCCAACCAAACGAAUGGUUCAGCCACGUCCACCAUCUCCACCGCCACCUUCCAACCACCCUGCAUUUGCCCAUGCAUCUGAGUCAUCCCCCACCACCUGUUGGUCGUUGCAUGAAAUCGCUCGCUUCAAAGUGCACUCCAUGGCCAGCCCCCCCCCGUCGUCGUUUUCGUCCUUUCGGAGCAGCGGCAGCAGAACAUACCCCACGUCCAUGGUGCUGCUGCCAUUCCAUUUUGAAUCCGAACUGCGAUCGCAUGGAGUGGACGCGGCCCUGGAAGCUAUGGGCCGCGGCUGGUCGCUGGCGCUGUCGCUGCUUCAAUCAGCCAUCCACACGCUACUCCACAAGGCACCUACUACUAGUACUACUAGUCGGACUUGGUACUACUUGUACUUGGUUGACGAAGUCAAAGGAACGCUUGUGGUGCUGCCACGUCCCGAGACGUCGACCUACCCCCUGUUGGUCGAGUCCACAGCGGUGGUGCCGCUGCUGCCGUUCCUUGCGUCUAGCCUGCACCUAGUGCACAACAUCGAGCCGUUGGAAGCCAUGCUGCACCCGUCGAAAACGACGGUGGAAGGAACCCUUGUGCACCUACGUGCAGCUCAAGCCGCGUUGCGCCACCCGUCCGUGCAGUAUGUGGACGUGCUGACCACCGCUGUCAGUCAAGCCAAGCGAGGGGGUCGAGUGUCGAGACGAAGGGUGCAGGACGUGGCCCGGCGUGAGCUGCACCUAUUCCUGCAAACGCUUGAUCCUGAGCAUGAGUGCAGUGGCUUGGGAUGUGUGGUGGAACCCACCACUGGAGUGCCUUUGUGGACAGCCAGUUUACCGCCUCCGGUGGACACAUACGUGGCAUACUUUGAAGACACGGAUGAUGUGUUGGAUGAGGUGGGUGCGUUGGUUAUGUACAUUAAACUGAUGGUCUGAGGUAGAUGGCGCAGUUUUGUGCCGAUAAAUUCGGUCGCGGGCGCAGCAGCGUCCUUGGCGGACACGAGCGCGUGUGUGAUUGCACGAUUUCCUAAGUGGAGUAUUGCAGCAGUUUACUCCAGAGCGAAGUUUUAUCUUGUUUGAGUUGCACGGAAAUGAAGAAUGAAUGUUACAUGGAAAGUCUGAUGGAUUCUUCACCUACUAACUACUAUAGUAUACUAUUAAUAGUACAGGACAUAUGGGGUUUCAGAACGAAAUGGUAAGAUUGAUGUCCGGAUACCAAA